UUACUCCCCUUUUUUAAGAAUAAGCCAUUUGUACACAAAAGGUUAGACGGAGAAAAAGUCACAAAUAACAACAUUUAGUGUUACACGAAUUCGUUUAAUUAUUUUAAAGACGUUGGCAUGAAAAUAGAUAAUUGUAUAUACGUUGAUGGACAUAUCUGUGUUGUAUUCUUAUAUUGGUAAACCGUAAAUGAACAGAUGAACGUUAACCUUUGCGAGUGCAGAACCCAAACCCAGAGGACGAAUUCAGCAGUAUAAAUUCAGUAUAAAGAAAUUCUGUCAAAGGCAGUCUGUUUGUCAAACAUAAUUUUCUGCUGAGAAAAGGUGUGUUUAUUAUUCCAAUGAUUAGAUAGAGAAUUUGAAUAGAUGAACUGCCUAACAGCUUAUCAUUAUGUAUCGGUGUCAAAACUGGGUCAGUAAAUUAUCAAGGACUUUUGCCACUGUAUGUAUUUAUACACCAAGACAUGGACGUCUUCUUGUUGCUUACAAUGUAACUGAAAAUAGGCGCUCUAUAUUUUACAACACAAGAAAAGGAACUGGUAGUUCUUGCCCAGUUUCCACAUUUCCAACACUGCUAGUCAAGUUCGGGUGUAGGCAGUUUGCUACAGCUCUGUCAAAUACAGAGAAAUUGAACCAGAUGGAUGUACAAAACAUGCAUAAAGAUGCACGUGAAAUAUUUGAUGCUGCUGUCAGAUCAGUGUAUCCUCCACAGAUGGUCAGGAAUGCUGUCAAAUUAUCAGAAGAUGGAACUACCUUACAUAUUGAUUGUAAAGAAUAUAAGUUGCACAAUAAUGUAUAUGUUGUUGGGUUUGGAAAGGCUGUUUCUGGUAUGGCUCGAGCAGUGGAUGACCUGAUUGGUCAACAUAUUGUCUCAGGAAUCAUCAGUAUACCACAUGGUUCACAAAAUGUCUUCAAGUCUAUAGAGAAAGAGGAUCUAUGUGUUAAGGAUAGCAGUAAGAUAAAGGUGUAUGAGGGGGCAGAGAAUAAUUUGCCAGAUGAAAAUGCACAUUCUGCUGCCAUGGCGAUAGAACAUCUUGUUCAAAAUCUCCGUGUAGAUGAUAUUCUACUUGUCCUGAUAUCAGGCGGAGGCUCAGCUCUUCUACCAUCUCCCAUACCUCCCCUGACACUACAAGAUGAGCUUGAGAUGACACGUGUUGUAUCACGUAGUGGCGGUACUAUACAAGACCUUAAUGUGCUCCGUCAAAACUUGGAGAGUCUUAAAGGUGGAGGACUGGCACAGAAAGCUAAACCUGCUUCCGUGAUUUCCCUGAUAUUGUCUGAUGUAAUUGAAGAUAAACUGGACAUCAUCAGUAGUGGACCUACCACACCAUUGCUUAGUUCUCCUAGACAAUGUAUACAAAUACUAGAAAGAUUGAAGAUUAAGGACAAGGUUCCUGCAACAGUAAAAGAGGCAUUAGAACAGAAAGCAUCUCAGAAAAAAUCACUGGAGGAGCGGUCACCUUACCAACAUAAUAUACAAAGUUUUGAGGCUCAGUGGGACUACGUUCAGAACUUGAUAAUUGGUAGUAACUCCAUCGCAACUCAUGCUGCAUCACGGGUGGCCGCUGACAAGGGUUAUGUGCCUGUUAUUUUAACAAACACAUUACAGGGUGAAGCUAAAGAAGCUGCUGCUAUGUUUAGUGAACUUGCAAAGUAUGCGAUUCUUUCCUUCGGGGAUAUUUCACCAAACCAGGGAAAGUCAUCUCUUUGUGAAACUGAAGUUGGUCUAACAAAGAGAGGAGUUUCUAAGAUGGAUCUGAAACGUAUUGAAGAAUCUGCUGACAAGGCAUAUAAUAGUCAGGCUGGACUUUGUAUAGUGUGUGGAGGAGAAACAACAGUUAAUGUUAAAGGUAAAGGAAAAGGUGGCAGAAAUCAGGAAAUGGCUCUUACAUUUGCUAUUGAAUUCAGCAAAACUUUAGCAGAAGACAAAGGCGGUGUUCUGAAAAAGUUUCAUGUAGAAUUUUUGAGUGCAGGUACAGACGGGCAAGAUGGCCCUACAGAUGCUGCUGGUGCUAUUGUUAACAAGUACUUUAUCCCUGCUGUUAUCUCAUCAAAACUUGAUCCAAAUGAUUUCCUGAAAAAUAAUGAUUCUUACACACUUUUCAAAUCUGUAGGUGACUCUAAUUAUUUAAUUCAAUGCGGUCUUACAGGGACAAAUGUUAUGGAUAUUCAGAUUAUACUUAUAAAAAGCUUUUCAUGAAUCUAUUUAUUGUGUUGAUUGUGUAUUUAAUGUUUGAAUAACCUUUUUUACUUACAAUUUAAAGUGUAUUGGUCAAUACUAGGCCAGUAAUUCGACAAAUAAUUAUGUUGAUAUUAAUUUAGUAUCAUACAUGACAACAAGUUCUAUUGUUUUUAUCAAUAUUUGAAAUACUUAUGAAAAAUGUGCCCACUGUAGACCAAUUCACUUUAAUUAGCCAUUGUAAUUGCGUUAAACUUAUAAUGCUUAUAAAGUUGUUACUGUAGGAAUUUUCGGUUUCGUUAUUUACCUUUUAUAUAAACAUUUUAUUUACACCAAAAAAGUAGUAUUUACUAGUUUAAUACAAAUUUUAUGA